UUGUGUAUCUAUAUAAUUACAUACAUGGUCGCUCUCAUCUUGUCUACAGACACCAUCAAGCAAGAGCAGUCAAUCAAAAAGAAAAGAAGGGUUUCAAUUCGCAGCAGAUCAUCAUCUUCCAUGGCGUCCCACCUCGAUGUUCGCGACAAUCAGAUCUCCAAUGAUGGGCAAGGAUUUAACAAUCCCAAUCCCAUUCCCAUUCCCCUUUCGCCACAGUGGCUUCAGACGAAGCCUGGUGAGAAUAAGAGUGGAAUAUCAACUGGGGAGAACCAGUUCGGUCCACAUUCAGGUCAUGGCGGUCGUCCAGCGGAUGUUGUGAAGUCACCAGGUAAUGGUGAAGAGGUUCAUGAUGUUCCGAAAAAGAAGGAUGUGUUCAGACCAUCCAUCCUCGAUGCUGAAUCAGGGCGCCGUGAUCGUUGGCGUGAUGAAGAAAGAGAUACGAAUUCCUCUAUCCGCAGGGAUCGAUGGAGAGAGGGAGAUAAGGAGCUUGGGGACAACCGCAAGAUGGAUCGAUGGACUGAGAACUCGGCUGGAAGACAGUUUGGAGAAGUUCGUCGUGCUCCUCCCGAGCGGUGGACUGAUUCAAGCAACAGGGAUACUAAUGAUCAGCGUCGUGAGACAAAGUGGAACACUCGCUGGGGGCCUGAUGACAAGGAGUGUGACAAUUCGCGUGAAAAGUGGCUGGAUUCUGGUAAAGAUGCUACCGAUGUGUCCCUCGAUAAGGGGUUAUCUCAUCAUACUUAUCACGGAAAGGAUGACAAGGAUGGAGAUCACUACCGGCCUUGGAGAUCCAACUCAUCUCUUAGCCGAGGUAAAUCUGAUCCUCCUCAUCAACAAACUCCAGUGCUUAACAAACAGACCACUUCAUUUGUUCAAGGUCGGGGACGUGGAGAAAAUGUAUCCUCGACAUUCUCUCUUGGACGUGGCAGGGUUCCUUCUGGAGGCAACUUCAACAAUAGCUUGUCAAGUUAUCAGCCCUCUCUUGGUUCAUUUGCAGAGAAGGGUGAUAAUCAUGGAGAUCCAUCUCCAUUGAAAUAUAGCCGAAUAAAGUUGCUGGAUCUAUACAGGAGUACUGAUAUGAGAUCCCGUGGUAGAAUAUUAGAUGGAAUUGCACAGGUGCCUUCGCUUACUCAGGAAGAACCUGUGGAGCCUUUGGCCUUCUGUGCACCGUCUUCUGAGGAGCUAGUCGUUAUUCAAGGAAUCGACAAGGGAGACAUAUUAAGCAGCGGCGUGCCUCAAGGCGCUAAAGAUGGAUCUCUUGGAUAUGCACCUUCAAGGCGAACAAGGCUAGGAAGCAGAGAAGAUAUAUCUAUUGCUACCGAAGGGAAUGACAUGUCUAAAGAUUUAAAAGAAGAUGGUGCUGCUUUUAGGAGGAAUGAUCAGGUCAUUUCAAACAAGGAAUCAAGUAUGCAGGGAAAUUCCUCUGUUCUUCCUGGUUCAACAUGGAGAUCAUUAUCAAUGGGAGAACGUAUGCAUUCUGCCUCUCCUGAUGUGGGAGACGUUCCUUCUGAUGGCCGGUCAAGAACUUCAGAUUUUGGCUGGCCACAGUCGCAGAAGGACCUAGCUAAUGAUUUGGGAAGUAUACCGAAGUGGAAAUAUGGUGAUGAUCCCAUCAUUAAAAGGCAACUAUCUGCAGUUCUGGACAGGGAGCAGGAACAGCGUAAUCUCUCUCAGCCCCCACCUGAAGAAUUGGUCCUCUUCUACAAAGAUCCUCGAGGCGAAACACAAGGGCCUUUUUCUGGUGUCGAUAUUAUUGGUUGGUUUGAGGCUGGAUACUUUGGCUUAGAUCUCCUUGUUCGCUUAGCAAAUUCACCAACUGACAUGCCUUUUGCAUUACUUGGUGAUGUUAUGCCCCACUUGCGUGCGAAGGCCCGCCCUCCACCUGGAUUUAGUGCACCUAAAUCGAAUGAGAUUCCAGAUACAUUAAAUAGGCCUACAGUCAGUAAUGUUGGGAAAUUUCAUGCUGGUAUAAGUGAGGUUGAUAUGAUGAGAAAUGAGCCACGGUAUAUGCAGGGUUCAAAAGAUGCGGAAAAUAGAUUUUUAGAGUCGCUGAUGUCUGGUAAUAUGAGCAGUACAUCGUCUGAGAAAUUUGCUCCUGGUGAAGGUAUGCAGGGUUACUAUGGAUCUGGGGCGGUGCCGCCUUUAGGAACUGAGAGCGGGGACAAUCUUCAUCUCUUGGCCCAAAGGAUGAUUCUUGAAAGGCAAAGAUCUCUGCCUAGUCCUAAUCCAUUUUGGCCAGGAAGGGAUGCACCUUUAGUUGGUUCAAAAUCAGAAUAUUUACAGGAAUCACCAUUGCAACAUCCAAAUCUACUGUCCCCAAUCACUGAAAACCCUCGUUCACAAAUUCAAUCCCAGAAUGCAGACUUCCUGUCUAUCCUUCAAGGUUUAUCUGAUAAGUCUCCUCCUGUAGUCAAUAAUGGGGUUAGUGGAUGGUCAAAUUUUCCUGUCCAAGGAGGCCCAGACCAACUUCAAGAUAAGCUUGACAUACUGCGCGGCCAGAAUAUUCCUCCUCAAGCCAGCUUUGGAUUGCAGCAGCAGAGACUGCAGCCCCAGAACCAACCCUCUUUAAGCAGUUUACUAGGCCAUGGUGUUGAUAAUACAUCUGGGAUGUUAACCCACGAAAAUUUUCAAUCUUCGGGCCUAUCUCAAGAUCCACAACUGUUAAGUUUGUUGCAGCAACAAUACUUGAUGCAGUUGCAAUCCCAGAGUCCACCUCCCUCACAACAGCUUUCUGUGUUAGAUAAGCUCUUGCUGCUUAAGCAGCAGCAACAGAAGCAAGAGGAACAACAGCAAUUAUUGCGCCAAAAACAACUGCUAUCGCAGGCUCUCUCUGAACAACAAUCUCACCAGCGUUUUAGUGAGACAUCUCAUGGGCAGUUGCAGGCCGCUGGUUUGCUAGAUGAGAAUGCGUUUAAUCGGUUUCAGACAUCUCAGGAGUUGUUACAGACUGGGCCACAAAUUCAAGUCCCAAGUAUGCCAGAUGAGCGUGUUACCAACUUCACAAAAUUACCGCCAAAUCUAUCUCAGGAGACUGGCAUUGCUACAAGUUCAGAAGCCUCUUCUAUCCAGUUGCCUCAUGAAAUGUUUUGGGGUGCUAAUCCGCCUGAACGAAUAAAUAGCAUUCAAACAAAGGCUUCUUUAAUAACGGCAGCAGGGUUGAAUAUGCCACCUAUGUCACAAGGGGUUGAAAAUUAUCAUCAAGAGCAUGUUUCUCAAAUUAAUUUGAAAACUGAUGAACCUGUCUUAGCUGAAAGAUCCGAGGCUGGUGUAAGCUAUUCUUCUGUUGAGGAAGUGUCAGUACCUGUAACUGAGCCAAGUGUUGAGAAUGAGAUUCUUUUGCUUGGGAAAUAUAAUGAUUUAAAUGCUACACUGGCAAGUGUUGCUGCUGAUACACAGAGUGGAAGAUUACCAUCAAACGACCUCUCUUUAGUAAAAGAAGUAAAAAGCAUUGAAGACAAUGAGGUGAAAAAGAGUUCAGAGAAGAAGUCAAGGAAGCAGAAGUCAUCGAAGGCGCAAUCUUCUGAUCAAGCUAGGGGAGCACCUAAAAUCCUUCAACUAAAAGAUUUAGAUAUUGAAGCUAAAAGUGGCAUUGAUAUUAAUUUAGAAUCUCAGGCAAUGUUUCCUUCAGAGGAGAGUAGUCAUGAGGUGCCGCGGCAGGAAUUAAAUGAUAACAAAACUGAUUUGGCUAAAAUCGCAUUGCCCGGACAUGUUUCAGUAGAAGAUAGCAAAUUCACGGGGGUCAAGAAUGGACCAGGACAAGCCGGGCACCGAACUUGGAAGCCGGCUCCUGGUCUAAAACCCAAGUCCUUGUUGGAAAUUCAACAAGAAGAACAAAACAGAGCUCACGCAGAAAUGUUAGCUUCAGACACCUUCCAGUCUAUCGGCUCCACUAAUAUUUCGAGUCAGACUCCUUGGGCUGGAAUCGUUGCCAAUUCAGAUCAGAAAUCAUCCAGGGAAAGCCAACUUGACGGAGGUAACUCAGGCUUACAGAUGGGGAACCUUGGAGGCUCUGGGAACCUGAAGAGCAAGAAGAGUCAAUUGCAUGAUAUCUUGGCUGAAGAAGUCGUGAAACCAAGUGAAGCUGUUAAGGUUCUUGAUGCUAAAUCUAACCUGCCUACAGUACCGGUUAAAAGCUCUGAAAUAUAUGCAGUUGACGAUGACAACUUCAUUGAAGCUAAAGACAGUAAAAAGAAUCGUAAAAAGUCUGCAAAAGCUAAGAAUUCCGGAGGCAAAUCGUCAGUGCCUGCUCCUUCAGCUGAUGCUUCUUUUGCUUCAAGUCCUAUCGAGAAAGCCAAAAGUUCUCGUCUUGCACAACAGGACAAGGAGGUUUUACCUGCUGUCCCAUCAGGUCCAUCUUUGGGUGAUUUUGUGAUGUGGAAGGGUGAGAAUGCAAACACUUCUGCUGCUCCAGCGUGGUCUACCGACUCAGGAAAGAUCGCAAAACCCACUUCCCUUAGGGACAUUUUAAAGGAACAAGGGAAAAAGGUCUCUACAGGGCAGCAGCAAAACUCGAUCCCAAUUCCUAACAAAUCACAUCAGACUCAGUCUGCUCGUGGAAAUGGUUCUUCAAAGACAAUUACUGGGUCCUCUCCUGCCAAGGUUGCAACUCCAGUGCAUAAUAAUUCCCAAGCAUCAUCACAGGCAAAGAAUAAAGUAGAUGACGAUUUCUUCUGGGGUCCAUUAGAUCAACCAAAACAAGAAGCAAAACAGUCAGAUUUUCCUCAGCUGGCAAAUCAGGGUAGUUGGGGGAAGAGUUCUCCAGUAAAAGGAGCUCUUGGUGCGUCAGUCAGCAGGCAGAAGUCGAUGGGUAAUAGAACAACGGAGUUCACAUCAUCUGCUUCAGCGCACUCUUUUCAGAAGGGGAAAAAAGAUGCAGCGUCUAAACAAUCAGAAGCUGUAGACUUCAGAAAUUGGUGCGAAGGUGAAUGUGUCAGGCUCAUUGGGACAAAAGAUACAAGCUUCCUAGAAUUUUGCCUGAAGCAAUCCAGAUCAGAGGCUGAAAUUCUCCUGAAAGAGAACCUUGGGUCAUAUGAUCCUAAGCACGAAUUUAUUGAGAAGUUCCUUAAUUACAAAGACUUCUUACCUGCAGAUGUUCUUGAGAUAGCCUUGCAAGGCCAGAAUGAUCAAAAGGUCCCAGGAUAUGGGCCUGGAGAUGUGAGUUCAGCUGUCAAUGGUGUUGGGAACUCUGACCAGGUUAAGGCCACAGCUCCAGACGGGACCAUAAAAGGUGGAGGAAAGAAGAAAGGGAAGAAAGGGAAGAAGAUUAGUUCUGCAGUUUUAGGAUUUAAUGUCGUGAGCAACCGGAUCAUGAUGGGAGAGAUUCAGGCUGUGGAGGAUUAGUUUGUCCGUAGGUGUAAAUACCUUUGUCCAAUGUACUUUGUAAAUGCGCGUUAGAUUUUUGGGAGUCCUCUAUAUCCUCUUAAAGGGUGUUGCUGCAGCGCUCUUUAAUCUGCGCCACCAAAUUUUGUGAAGUAAUAGUACUUCGGCUAACUUAUUUCUCGUUUCUGUUUUAUAGACCUUGGGUCGAAAACAUAUCAGACUAUGUUUUUGCUUGUACUCUACAGUUUACUGAUAUACUCGUGCAGUACCCCCUUUAUUUCAAUACAGCCGCUCAAACAUUAAGAAUUUGAAGUUUC